AUGCAAACCGAAAGUCCUAAAAAUUUUCCUUUUAUAAAGUUUUUUCUACCCGAUGAUAAUGAAUAUGAUUCUGAAGAAACUCUUGAUUUUCUCGGGUAUGAUUUAGUUGAAAUGUUGGAUGAGAUAAACGUGGAGAAAAAUGAAGUAAUAAUAGAUGAAAAUAAUUUACAAAAGAGAAAGAGAAAACGUAGAAAAAAAAUUUUUUUACAAACAGAAAUAGAUGAGUUACAGAAUAAAUUGCAUGCUAAUAAAUAUUUUAUGGAAGAAAUAACACCAAAAUUAGUUUGUUGUAAGUGUGGUAAAGAAAUUCGUUUAGAUCGAGAUUUUAGAGAUAAAAAUCUUACAACACAUGGCGAAUUAAGUAAUUGUAAAUAUAGUGGAGAAGGUCAACAAAGUAUUAAAGUUUUUUUUAAACUUAAAAAGAUUAGAUAUGAAGAGGAAAACACAAUUGUCCAAAAAGUUGCGUCAAACCGUGAUGAUCUCAAAAAUUAUCUACGUGCAUGUGCUACAUGGAUAUUAGAUAAAACUACUAUAUCCAUCAGAAGCAAAGCAUGUGAAAAUUUUACAAUCCGAGAAUCAGGUAUUUGUGAUAACUGUGACCAAUUAAGAAGGGAUAAUCGCCUAAUUAAAGCAAUUAAUAAGCGGCGAGCAACUGGAAAAAAUAUUCGCUUUAUUCCAAAAUGCUAUCUUGAACAUCCUUUAAGCAAAUUACUUCUUAAUAUUAAUCUCAAAUCAUUAUGGGUAUUAGCUGAUGAAGAUAAUGACAAUACGGCAAUUUGGACUAAAUUAGCUCAAUUCGGAAAAGAUGGAUUUUUUAAAGGAGAAAAAACAUUUCAAGAAUUAGUAUCACUAAUGAUACAAAUACAGGAAAAAAAAUUAAGAAACAAAAAAACUACAGGUCUCCGUUAUUCUGAACACUUAAAACAAUUUUUUAGUUUAUUAUCAGAGAGCAGUCGUGAAUAUGAGAUUUUUAGACAAAUGUUUGCGGGAAUGAGCGUUCGAUCUAUAAGAUACCUGCGAGCAAAAGAAGUUGAUGUUGUGACUAAUCCAGAAUUAAUAUAUGAAAAUAUACUAAAAUUUUCUCAGUUAAUUAAAGCACUUAAUUGGAAUGGACCUGUUGUUGGAAUGACAGAUUGUACAAAAAUUCGACCUAAACUUACUUAUUCAGAUGAACUAGGUGGUAUUGUUGGAUCUACUUUAAAAUUAUCAGAGACUUCGGUUCAAACAUAUGAUGAUAUUCAUAAUGUUAUAAAUUAUAUAAAACAAAAAAAAGCUAUUGCAACUCAAGUUAAAGUAAUAGUAUUAAAGAUUCCAAUUGAAAAAAUUCCGCCUCUUGUAAUUUCUAUGUUACCAACAAAUGGGGGAUCUAAUACUGCAGAAAUUUAUGACCUUCUAAUGAAUGUAAUAACCAUGUCCCAAGAUGCAGGUGUUAAUUUAGUUAGUUUGGGAUCAGAUGGUGCUCCUGUUGAAUAUAAUGCGCAACAAUUAAUAAUGAAUAGUGAAAAAGCUGAAACUUUUUUUGAAUUUCAUGAUAAUUAUUAUAAUAUGCCAAUUUAUCGAAAUUUACCUAUCAUAACUGUACAAGAUCUCAAACAUGCUAAGAAAACAGCUCGUAAUCAACUUCAUUCAGGCACAAGACUACUUGUACUUGGGAAUAAUGUAAUACUUUACCGACAUCUCUUAACUCUUGCUCAAUCUCCAGAUCAUGCGCUUUAUAUGUGGGAUGUUGUUAAUGUUGAUAAACAGGAUGAUGGGGCCGCAUAUAGAGUAUUUCAUUCAGACAUAUUAGCACAAAUAUAUCAAACUGGUUUAGAAAAUAAUGAAAUGCAAUCUUUAUUUGUUUAUCUAUUUGUGUUAGGAGAUCUUUUUGAUUCAUACCUAAAUUGUAAUAUUUCUCAUAAGGAACGAAUUAUAAUGGCCAUGCGUGGAUAUUUUUUUUUAAAUAUGUGGAUUGAAUAUAUAGAAGAUUCUAGUAAAUUAUAUAAUUCAAUGUUUUCUAUUGCCAAAAACUUUAUUUCUCCACAAAGUUUUAAAAUUUUUACCAAUUUAGCAAAAUCCUUAAUACUUUUAAUUAUAUCUCAUCGUGAAUUUUACUCAUCAUACCCUUUAUAUCCUUGGGAACAUGGUACAGAGGCUAUAGAACAUGUGUUUGGUAUAUCUCGUCAAAUAACAAAUGAUUUUUCCUUUUAUGAAUUUUUUAAAAUUCAACAAUGUGUUGCAUACCGGGACAAAAUUAUUAGACAAAAUAUGCAAAUUCAAAAGGAAAAAACAUCAGCAUCAGCAUAUGAAGAUGCGGCUAAAUUUAUUAAAGUAUUAGGAAUUAAACUAUUAAAUGAUAAGUCAAUUCCACGCUUUUAUGGUUUAACAUCACAUCAAUCAAUGGCAAUUUCUAAUUAUUUAAAUAUUAGUUCUGAUAAUUCAGAUGAUAUAAAUGAUAUCAGUGGAUUUGAUUUCAAUAAUGAUGAAUCUGAUUUAAAUGAAGAUUAUUCUUUAUCUAAUUCAGCUUUAGAAGUAGCACAAUUAUCACAAUUAGCAGAUUUUGAGCAACAAACAAAUGAACCAGAACAAGAGCAUAAGCUUUCAGAUUUAUCAAAAAUAGAAUUGGAUUAUAUUCUAAAUACUUCAAAAAAAUAUUUUCCGUUGAUUGAAUUAGAAUAA